GCUAUUGCAGCUAGCUGACUAAGUGAAAUUUAGACUAGAUUUAUAAUAAUUAGAAUUACCUAAAAUAAUUAUGGAUGACGUUCCAAUGGAAAAUGAAGCGAACUCAAACAGCAGCGAAUCGUCUAAUGCGACAGCAAAUCAGCAGCAACAUCCUACGCCAGAAUUCUUGCAACGCAAAAUCUAUUUUCUAAUGGAUCAGCUAAAAGAAAUGCAUUCCGAACUGCCAGAGACCUUGCAGACACGAAUAUCCUACGACCUGCUCACAGAACUGGCGAAUUGUGUUUUGAAUGAAAGUAUUUUCGAUAUAGUUAAAGCGUUAAUGGAAUUGCAACAUGUAACGGAGAAGCACUUGAUACAGAUGCGUGCACAAGUGGAGAAUGAAUACGAAAUAGAGGUGGCUGAUUGGCGUGGCAAAAUCAAAGAUCCAGAGGAGUUGCAACACAUACUGGGACUUUUGAAAAUUAAGCACACGAAAAAAUUAUUGGAAACAGACAAGAAAAUAAUCGAAGUGCUAGAUCAGAAGGUUUUCGACCAGCAAUCUAUGCUGCAAAAAGCGGGUGUGCCUGGUUUUUACAACACACAGAAUCCCAAGGAAAUCAAAAUUCAAAUGUUUCUACUAGACUUCAUUUUACGCCUAAGUCUGCUCAAAUUCGAGCCGAACAAAUAACAAAUAGCCCAAACCUGAUUAAAUACAAGACUGUCUCAAUGUCGUUAAUUGGCUUUAUACCAAUGAU